CAAUAUAGAAUAGACACUCGGUCAGCUGUGUGGGUUUACGUAUCCCUACGGUAUGAAGUAUUGGACUCUAUAAAUUGUACCGUAUCCGUAAUCUGAUAGAAUGUUGGCAACGUGUAUCCCUCUUUGUUACGAAAUCUUAAAAACGGAUACAAGGCAAUGGCCAAUGGGCAUUAUUAUUAUUCUGUGGACUGUGACAAUGAUGUUGAAAUGAUUUAUUUAAAUGAUAACAUAUGCCACGCCCCCCUGGAGACCAUGUCCAAGGCCACAGUCACCCGAUUUUGCCAAUACACGCAGUGUCGUACCCCUGGUUAUAUUAUAAUAACAGACAACAGUAAAAUAAACAACAACAUUUCGAAUUUCGAAAUACUUGUCAUUUGAUUCAAAUAUGAUACAUACAUGAUUCAAAUUAACUGCCGUCGUCUAGUGCCAAUUGUUGUUGACUGUCCGUGGCUAAAAAUUAUAAUCGUGGUCUGUAGUCUACUAUUAUAUACUCACUAGUCACUAUUGUUUUAUAGCGAAUACUGAGUACAAUUGUCUCGUCGUAAAGUUGAAAGUGCGUAAGUCGUGACUCGUAGUACACUUGUGUCUUCUCCUAGGUAUUAAAUGUUUUUUAUUUAGUACCUAAAUUAUAAUAAUAUAAUGAAUUAUUGUAUUCAACAUUUGUGGCUGUCCGGGACUGAUUACGAUUUUGACAAAUAUAACGGAAUUUCGUGGACCAUAUCCACAGCCUUCAUUUAAUUACUUGAACAACAAAUUAUAUAAUCUGUUUGAACCUUGGUGUCAAUCAUUAUCUUAAAUCUUAUGUUUUAAGUGAGUACAAAAAAACAAAUUUGAAACAACUGUCUACAAUUAGUCCAUACUCUAUAGUCUGUGCAGUAUUUUAGUAUCUUGGUUGAUACUCAAAACUUUAUAUAGACAUGUCAGCAAGUAGCACUUCAUCUUGGUCAGACAAAAGCGAACAAAAAGUUUUCAAAUGUAGCGCAAAAGCGGCGACAAAACACCCAUUUUCCAUACUCAUGAUUGGCAAUACCAACUGGAGUACUCAACUGGCAGAAGCAUUAGUCGAAUAUCAUGAAAACAACCAUAUUUCUAAAAUUCAAGUACACAAGGCACAGACUGUAAAAUCAGCCCUUUCUACACUGUCCAAUGUUUAUGCAGAUCUUGUAAUUAUUUUGUUGGACAUAAGUAAGAAUGAUUGUUUAGUUGAUGUAGAAGUUAAUUUACUAGCCCUAGAACCAGCAUUAUUAUGUGGCAGAACCAUUUUAGUUAACCCAAUAAAUAGUAUUAAGCGUAAAGAUAUGGGAGUUUCUUAUGAAAAUAUUGACAAUCUUAAAAGAAAAUAUAACUUACUUAUUAUACAUGGAAAUAUAGAGAAUUACAUAAGUAGAAUGUUUUUAGCAAGAAGAGUCAUGGUUUAUUCCUACAAAAUCAAUAAAAACGGUUUACCAAAUAUUUUAGAGUUCAAUUCAGUUGAUUUAUAGACUAGCUUUUUUUAUAUAAUUUAUAAGUGCAUUACAAAUAAACAUCUAUGUAAAUAUAUGUAAGUUUUUAUUUAUA